AUGUUAGCAGCAAAGAGAGUUCUCAGGUAUCUAAAGGGGACACUCACUUAUGGUAUAUGGUACAAGAAAAAUGCAGGGAAUGAGUGUCUAUUGGGUUACACAGACAGUGACUAUGCAGGUGAUGUGGAUGAUAGGAAAAGUACAAGUGGGUAUGUGUUCUUUCUAGCAGCAGGAGCUAUUUCAUGGGCUUCUAAGAAGCAGCCUGUCGUCACUAUCUCCAUAACAGAGGCAGAGUUUGUUGCAGCAUCUCAAUGUGCUACUCAGUGUGUGUGGUUGAAGAGAAUUCUGGAGGUAAUGGGAUGGACAUCAAGUGUGAAGGAAGGUACAAAGAUCUGGUGUGACAACAGUUCCACAAUUAAGCUUUCUAAGAAUCCUGUUCUCCAUGGAAGGAGUAAACAUAUUGAUAUAAGGUUUCACUUUCUAAGAGACUUAGUUAGAGAUGUCAUAAUAGAAUUGGAGCACUGUGGAACACAUGAACAGGUUGCUGAUGUGAUGACUAAGGCAGUCAAGUUGGAUAUUUUUUAG